AAUGGCUGAAGAUAUAAGGAACAGAAGAAUAACCACUGAAAUAGAGAACUUAGAGAAGAUUGAUAGGGAAAAGAUAGAUUUUGAAAAGACAUACAGAGCUUUUGAUAACUCCUUGGUUCUUCACAUCCGGUUCAACCUUAAGGAUCACCCCUAUAAUCCUAAAUUUUUGACAGAUCAGUCAGAACUUUCUCUUGCGGACCCUGAAGUGGACUGCGAAGGAGAGCAAGACCAUAUUUCUGACGAGGAGAAAGAAGAUCUAGGCCCUCCAGUUGAUGAGCUAGAAGACAAAGAGUAUGAAUUUGAUCUCAUAGUCCCGGCUAAGUUCCCCUUUAUGUUCCCAGAGCUCAGAGCAAGAUGUAAUUUUAGUGUACCUUCUCUAAUGGAUGAGCAAGAUCUUUUAGAGGAUUUAUUAAGCAAGCAAUGGCACCCAUUCAUCAUCCUGAAAGAUAUUGUCGAAAGAGUCCCUCAAUAUGUUUAUAAGGUAAAACAAAGAGAGAAGAUGGGAACCCUAUAUUACAGCAGCAGAUCAAAUUUUGUUUUAAACUCAGUCUACGAUCUUACUCUCUUUGACCCAGAAAUUUGUAAAGCCUUUGCUUGCUGCCUUCCCGAUGGAGAAGAAUUUCUGGUCAAAAGGAAGAAAAAGAAGGACGAAGAGUUGAAGAGGCUUGAAAAUGACCACAGGCAAAGCCAAGUUGAGCAACCAUGAUUGGAUAAUCACUGUGUUGAACAGGUUGAUGAUGAUAUUUAUAAGAAGUACAUCAUUUUUAUCUCUGAUAAUGCAUUUUUACUGUUCGAGCGUCCACCCUUCGAAAAGAAGGAUGAUGAUAAUGACUCACCAUACAGAGUAGAUGAGAGCCAAUUGAAAUUUACAAUGGGGAAGCUAAUCCUGUGGGGCCCUAUAACUACCAUCGCCUCUCUUCAGAGAAACAUGGAGUAUAAGGACAAGAUUACAAUCGUCUGGUCCAAGCCAGUCAAGAACGAUGAUGAGUUCGAGUUCAACGAGGAAGCUGAAAAUGAAGAGCUCGAGGAAGAAGUUAAAGAUAGCGAAGAACCAAUGGAAAGAAUCUUUGAAACAAUGCUCCAGUUCCAGAACUCAGACGGUUUCAUGAUGACUCUACUCGAUAAGAUGAAUAAGAUCAGAGAGAAUACUGAUGAACUCAGGAAGAACAAAAUCUUAUCAAUGGAAGUUACAUCUGAAUCAUUAAGGUCCAAAAAUAUAAGGUCUAUUUUACAAAAGAUCAGCAUUUACGAGAAAGAACUUGCAGAGAAGCCAUCUAAAGAGAUCUCAGAAGAGCUUGUCGAACAGUACAGAAGAGCUAUAGAGUAUUACUCAGCCUUGGGGAACGACAAGUACCAACAAUACGUGGUCAAGAACCACGAACUGAUGGUGAAGAUGCAGGAUAUGUAGGUUUUCAAAUUUUGUGAUAGCUUUCUAUUUUCAU